UGUUGCUAUCUUUACCAGAGGAAAGAUAAGACACAGACGAAUCCUUAGAAGUUACAGGAAAAACAAAGACUUUUGUUUUUUACCCCCUUUAUUUAGCUGUAUAUUUGACAUUCCCAGCAGGCCAGCAUAUCCAACAUUGUUACCUUCACCAAUAUCUCUUCUUCGUAAGCAUCGCUGCUUCACGUUUUAAGCACCUCCCUCCUAAAUGAAUGCCUACCUCAAUAGCCCUUUUGUUAGAUAUCCUUUUCCUUGUAGUUGUUCUUGUUGUUUUCUAUAUAUAAUAGAAUAUUCUCAGGUUUUCAAAUGGUCCAAACCGUAAAGUUCUUGUCUCUAUGAAUAUUUGGAGUAUUGAAAUCCAAAACUUCAGCUUCAACUCUUUGAUUCUGGCCUUGUUAUGUCUUCCAUUCCAUCUUAAAAUCAGCCGAUAGCUAUAGUAUUUGCCUGGAUUUGUUGUAAGCUCUGGCGCUUGGUAAAAAUGGAGAAUAACUUUUCAAGGCAUAGCAGAACUUCUCAGACCUCACUGAAGACCCGGCGCAGUGGUUAUGAACCAUCUGACAACGAGACUGAUUUCCUAGAAACGCCGUGGCAUGGCCACAAUAGGAAGAUCAGUGGAGGCUUAGAAUCUGAGGUGACAAAAGCUGCAGGGUUGGAGUUGGCAAGAAACAUUAGCCCUUUCAAACAUAGCCGGAGGCACUCUUCCAGGUUUGAAUAUGAUGCUUCUUCUGCAAGAAAUGAUGCAGUAGUAAGCCCGGUCCGAAGAAGAACCAGCAGUAAGUCACCAUACAAGCAAAGAAGAGAAGAUGGUACUGUUCGUUCACCAAUAGCAGGUGUUGAAACUCACAGAAAUAUCAGUCCCUUGUCAAAAGCUGAGCGCAGAAGACGUGCUUCUCCUUUGAUACCAGAAAAAGAAGGGCAUGAUGUGAAUGAUGCUGAUCAAAUUGUGAACUCAAACAGGAAACAAAGCCAAAGAAGGCCCGGUAGAGACCCCCAAAGCAGAAGAUCAUCUACUGCCCCGAGAGUUCGAGCAAGAUCAGAAGUAGAAAACAAAGGCAACUAUAGUGCAACACCAACUAAAGGUGAAAGAACACCAUCACCAUUGUCAAAGGCCCUGGUAUUAACAACACCAACUGCAAGGGAGAGAACACCAUCACCAUUGUCAAAGGCCCCGGUAUUAACAACACCAACUGCAAGGGAGAGAACACCAUCCCCAAUCUCAAAAGGGUUGAUCCAGCAACAAAGACAACACACAAAAUCGCCGUCUGUUGGUGAGAUCAAUGAGAUGAUUGCCAAUGCAAAGCUUGCUAGCACUCCUUUGGAGGCUAAUUCUCCAUUAGCUUUCGGAAGUUCAGAGUCUUUUGCACCAGGUGAUAUCUUCUUCUCUCGUGAGUGCAAAAUCUUGGCACUGCCCAAAACUGUCAAUCCCACACCAAAACCAAAGAAUGCACUGCCCAAAACUGUCAAUCCCAUACCAAAACCAAAGAAUGGUAGUGGUUUUGAGAACCGCUUAAUUAGUCCUAAUGUCAAAAUGGUUACCCCAAGAGGAAAUGGUUUCGAUCAGAAUGCUCGAGGGACUCCAUUAAGCUAUAAUUUGUCACAGACAACCACAACAACAUCAAGCUCAGCAUUGAGCAGGCAAAGCAGUAAGAUGAGUGGUACAAGUGGGAGCACAACUGCGAGUGCCAAGAAAUUCACAGCAAAUAGAAAGAAAAGUGAGAGUCACUCACUGUUUGCUUGUAUGAGAAAGGGAGGGUCUUGUCGGAAAACAAAAUCACCUGAACGUUCUCCUGUUUUCAAUGAAGCUUCAUUUAUACAAAAGGCAUUUGUGGAUGAAAGUCUAAGGCAGUUUUGGGCUGAUAAGCAUCGACCGGCUUCGUUGAAUGGAUUCACUUGCCACAUGCAAGAAGCUCAACUUCUCAAGGAUCUGGUAAUUGACAAUAAAUUUCCCCACAUUUUGUUAUCUGGACCAUCUGGUUCUGGGAAAAAAGCUCUAACAAUGGCUUUCCUAAGAGAGAUAUAUGGUGAUGCAAGCUGGGAAAUAUCUCAUGAUUUAAGAUACUUCCAGAUUCAGGAACAAAUGUCGAUGCAAGUAAUGGUUCCAUUGACAUCCAGUGCUCACCAUAUAGAGCUUAAUGUCCGCGUUGAAGCAAAUGCUAGAUAUGCAUUGAUGGGUUUAGUAAAGGAAAUCAACAGUGAGAAUGACAUUGCUCCUGAAAUCAGCACUAUUAAUCUCAAGGGAAAUCAUAAAGUGCUAGUUCUCUACGAUGUUGACCGAGCAGCAGAACAUAUUCAGCAUUUGAUCAAAUGGAUGAUGGACUGUUACUCAGAAGCUUGUAAACUCAUUCUCUGCUGUGAAAAUGAUGAAGACAUCGUUGAAUCAGUGAAAAAUCGGUGCACAGUUAUCAAGCUUGAUGCUCCUGUGACUCAAGAAAUUACGGAAGUUCUUGCUCAGAUAGCAAGGAAGGAAAACUUUGACCUACCUAUGAACUUUGCUAAUAAGAUUGCUAACAAAUCUAAGCAGAACCUGAGAAAAGCAAUCAUGGGCCUUGAAGCAACCAAAGCACACAACUAUCCUUUUGUAGAUGACCAACCAAUUCCAAUUGGAUGGGAAGAGGUACUUGUUGAAGUUGCUGCAGAAAUCCUAGCUGACCCAUCACCAAAGAGGUUAUUUUUCAUCCGGGGAAAGUUUCAAAAGCUUCUUGUGGGUUUUGUACAUCCGAAACUGAUUCUACUGAAGCUGGUAGAACAGUUCCUUAAAGCAAUGGAUGCUAGUUCUAAAAGGGACCUAUAUUAUUGGCAUGCUUACUAUGAGAAAAGACUCCCAGCAGGAGCAAGUGCUUUACUAAAACUAGAAGAAUUUGUGGCCAAGUUCAUGAGCAUAUACCGAAAGAGUGCCAACAGCCGUCAGUAUGUGUAGUGUAUACAGCCUCAUUGAGAGGCAACGCUCAAGAAUUUCCUACCACCUUUAUAGGUAGUAGGUCUUUGUCAAGAUUGUCUUACUGCAGCUAAUACUGAAAGUCAGAAUGAGAGACAAAUUCCCGUGAAGCUUUUUCCUAGGGUCAGAAUGAUUCAGAUAUAGCACAAAAACACAUGUUCUCUUGUACAAAUAAAUAAUAGCAGACUUGUGUCCCCUUGAAAAACAAUGGUUACCUCAGGACAGAAAAUCUACACUCCCUACUUUCAUCAAGGGAAUUCUGGUCAAGCAUAUUGGAAGUUCCAAUUCUACAGUUCUUCAAGUCUGCAGGUUCUGAAACCAGUUUCACUGGCUUUUGCUUCAA